AUGCCUUCAAGAGCGAACAUCCCUCCUGCAGUUCAUGGUGGACCUGCUAUCUGCCCUGCAAACACUCUUCUACGACCCCACGCCCUUCACGCGCCUGCGUUUGCGAUCUGCGUCACCUCCGCCAGGACGGCGGCGCAGCUCGUCGCGCGAGCCGAACCACAGGCGUGCACAGAGGCUGAAAUGGAUGGCGGGAGGGGGCUCAUCGUGUCUCCAUGGAAAGGGGGGAAAGUUGCUGGUCUUGCGCAUAACCUCGUGGUUCGUUCAUGGCUUACGCAUCUCCACAGCGGCUGCUACGCCUGCGCGUCGCAGUGUGACCUGGCGCCCUUGCCCAGCGCACAGGCAAUGAAGGAGAUCAGCACGACAGUCACCGGCGGUGACGACCUUCGUGAGCUGUGCACAGCCCUCGAGGCAGAGAUUGCGCAGGCCUCGCAAGCGUUCACAGCCCAGGUUCAGCGCGUUUUGGCUGAAGCCGAGCAGAGCGCCCGUGCGAUCGGUGCCGCAGCCCCGGGCCAGUCGCUGCGCGCCUGCGGACUUUGGGUUGAGCAGGAGAAGCGGCGCAAGGAGAAGCAAGGUCUGCCUUCAGACCGUGCGAUGCCUUCCGUUGACUGGGCCGAGGAGCGAGCGCAGUACCUGGCCACGACGCGUGCCAUGGAAGCCAAGUUUGCGCAGCUGACAAAGCUCAGAAGGCUGUUGCAGGCCAAGUACAACGCCGCCCGCCGGAAGAUCCACGCGGGGCGCUACUGA